GGAAGAAAGGUGGCGGCGCGUUGGGCGUUUCCCCACAGGAAUAGAAUGGAAGGAGAAUCGAGCAGACUGGAAAUUCACACUCCAGUUUUUGACAAGAAAAAGAAAAAGUACUCUGUGUAUAAGGAAGGACAUCUGAGGCAUCCCCAUGAAAGUGUCAGAGACUCCCCCCUGGCAAGCGAGCAGUCUCACGUAACCAAGAGUAAGAAAAAAAGAAAGGAUUGCCAGCAUCUUCUUCCUUCCCCUUUGAAAAAAUCAGAAAUUGGUGGUGAGACGAAAAAGGCCACAUCCGUACCCAAAAAGAAUAAAAAGAAAAAACAUAGGGCUUCGGGGGUGGAUGGGGAAACAGGUGUGGUGUAUGUCUUGGUGGAUAAAGAAAAUAUCGAGAACACACCAAAGAAUUUUAGGAGGGAUGUCGAUGUCGUGUAUGUUGACGUGAGCCAGGAACAGAAGCCAACAAAAGAGCCUGAAGCAGGCGAACUGCAUUCAGUUCCUAAGUCACAUAAAAAUGAGUCGGAAGAGCUGCAUCAUAAAGUUAGGGAGACAAAAAGUAGAAAACAUCGGAGGAAAGUGGCCUCCUGGGAUGCUGAGCAGGAGAGCCUGCGUGCAAGCCUCGCUCUCCCCAAGCCAGAACCACACAAGGAGGAAACCCUGCUUUCUGUGGACCCAGGAGGUGGAAUCACACAAGUACCAGUAUUGGCCAAUAAGAAAAAGUCUAAGAAAAAAAAGAGAAAAAUUGCACAUGACCAGGAACUUGAGGCAUUGCCUGGGCCUGAGAGUCUAGAGAACGUGUACUCCGAAGGAUGGCAGGGGGUCGGUGAGGUUGGGACUGCAGAAGGCAGUAAGGAAGCUGGCCGUGUAAAGAAAAAGUCUAAGAAAAGGAAGCGAAGGUCUUCUGUUGAAAGUCCUGUAGCUCCUGGGGGUGAUUUUUCAGUGCCCGCAGGGAGCUUUGAGGACACACACUCUGAUUCACUGGAAGGUAAUGGUGCCCUGAUUGAAGAAAGAGUGAAACCCAGGCCACAGGAGGAGAAAACCCAGGCCUCUUCGGAAGAGGUGCAGAGGUUAGAACCUACAAAUGAAGAGGAAAGACAUUUGGAAUUGGCCAGAGAUUCUGAAACAAGAUAUUUAUCAGAGGACUCCAGAGAUUCGGGUGACUCAGAUGUGGAUUUAGACUCGGCUGUGAGGCAGCUCCAAGAGUUCAUUCCGGACAUCAAGGAAAGGGCUGCCACCACAAUCAAGCGGAUGUACCGGGAUGACUUGGGGCGGUUUAAGGAAUUUAAAGCACAGGGUGUCGCUAUUAGAUUUGGCAAGUUUUCUGUAAAGGAAAACAAGCAGUUAGAGAAAAACGUGCAAGAAUUUCUAUCCCUGACAGGAAUUGAGAAUGCAGACAAACUGCUGUACACAGACAGAUACCCAGAGGAGAAAUCUGUGAUCACCGACUUAAAAAGAAAAUAUGCGUUUAGAUUGCACAUUGGAAAGGGCAUUGCCCGGCCCUGGAAACUCGUCUACUAUCGAGCAAAGAAGAUGUUUGAUGUCAACAAUUAUAAAGGCAGGUAUAGCAAAGGAGACAUGGAGAAGUUAAAGAUCUACCAUUCCCUGCAUGGGAACGACUGGAAAAAGAUUGGCGAGAUGGUGGCUCGAAGCAGCCUUUCUGUUGCCCUGAAGUUCUCCCAGAUCAGCAGUCCAAGAAAUCAUGGUGCUUGGAGUAAGACGGAAACCCAGAAACUAAUCAAGGCCGUCGAAGAAGUGAUUCUAAAGAAAAUGUCUCCCCACGAGUUAAAAGAGGUGGAUUCUAAACUCCAAGAAAACCCUGAAGGCUGCCUGUCUAUUGUUAGGGAAAAACUCUACAAGGGCAUAUCUUGGGUAGAAGUAGAAGCCAAAGUAGAAACCAGAAAUUGGAUGCAGUGUAAAAGUAAGUGGACGGAAAUCCUAACCAAGAGGAUGACGAAUGGUCGGGAUGUGUAUCGCGGAGUUAAUGCUCUGCAGGCCAAAAUCAACCUCAUCGAAAGAUUGUAUGAGGUAAACGUGGAGGACACUAACGAGAUAGACUGGGAAGACCUUGCUAGCGCCAUAGGUGAUGUUCCUCCGUCCUAUGUUCAAACUAAAUUUUAUAAGCUGAAAGCUACCUGUGUUCCCUUUUGGCAGAAGAAGACUUUUCCAGAGAUUAUAGACUACCUUUACGAGACCACCCUGCCUCUGCUUAAGGAAAAGUUAGAGAAGAAGGUGGAGAAAACGGGCACCGAAAUCCAGAGUCCCGCGACACCCAGGCAGGCCUUCCGGUUCAGUGACAUCUUCUAUCGUGAUGACGACAGUGAGGGAGAAGACGGGGAGAAGAGGUAGGGGACAGUGCUGUGUCUUGCCCGCCUCUCCAGGUUUGGUUGUAUUUCUGUGCAUGGGGCAGAGACGCUGCUUUCAGUACUGAUGUUUAGUAGAGAAGGGGCCACGGCCAGAGGAAGGGGACGUCUACGAUACUUCAUAUUAUGGAGCCUCCCAAAACGAUUCACCCUUUCAGACUCUAGUGUGUUUGCGUGCGCAAAGAAAGAGGAGCAUCCGGAGUUGAUUUGCUAUUGCUGGACUGUUGAAGAUAAGCCCACCUGGCAGUUUCUGUAGAACAGCAGUAUCCCAAGUCCCUCUCGUGGCAGCAGAGGGGAGAGUCCCGUCCCAUGAACAUUUCAUUGUGUGGAUUUCACCACACGCACACUCCCCAAAAAUGGGAACCCUGACAGUUGUAGUCAGGCACGCAUGCCAGUUUGCUUUCUCUUUUCCCAGUUGUCACUCUGUGUGCCCAGGGAAUGUGAGUUCUAGAUAAGCAUUCGCAGGGGGCUAUGGAUCUGCUGGUCUCUCAGCCUGGCUUCCGUUUGCAUGUACCUGCCUCCGUGUGCGGAUCUCAUCUUCCUGAGGGAGUCAGGUGUUUAAGGGUACGUAUUUUGCAUACAAGAUGCGUUCUCAAGGGCAGUCACUGAGUUCAUCUGGUGUUCCAACUGGGAAAAAAAAAACAAAAUCCAAAACAAAAACCCAGCAGUCUCUUCCACUGCUUCCAGAGAAAUCUGGCGCUGUUAGAUUUAUGGAAAGAUGCCAUGUGGGUCUAAGGCAUAGCUCACACCUCACAGAAUUUCAAGGAUAAUUUACAUGUUGGGCUCUUCCGUCAAAUCAGGAAAGCAAAACUGCUCUAGGUGUUUCACACAGAGAAGGAUUUAAUGUAGGGAUUUAGGUUACAAAAUUGUUAUAUAGGAUUGAGAGCGCACACGGGAAGGCUGACUUGCCGAGCCCUGAGUAACUGCGGCCCCCGCUGCCCUGCAAGGGGCAUGAGCGUUCCAGGCUCUUGGCCACACGUGAACAUGGAAGGAAGGUGUGGGUGAGCAACGUCCCAUGCAGCCAUGUCACCAUCUGUGCCAAGACUGGACUCCACCGUCUCCUGAGUGUUCUCUCUUAUGCCAUUUAUCUCACAUCAUGACGUGUGCGCUGUCGGUUAAUUCAUCCACAAAGCUAGACAUUUUUCCAAAGCUGCCAUACUUGGAGAAGGAAGAGUACAGAGACCGGUCUAGGAGGCUGGUCACCAGCAUAUCCCCAGCGCCUGUCACGGUGUUGUACGCACAAGAGACAGUAAAUAUGCAGCAAACAAGUGGAUGUUUCUUUUUAGCAAGUAUUCUACCUUUCGUCACCUCCUAUCCAUCGAACAUACCCGUCCCCAUGCUGACGGGAAUGAAAGUUCCUUUUGGAGGACAAUCCAGUGAAAUACAGCAAAGCCUUAAGAAUGUAUUUUAUGAUCCAGCAAUUUCACUUACAGAGAUAAAGCGGUUUCACUUUUCAGAAAUAAAAGAACUCAUGUAUAAGAAUGGCACAUUCAUAAUUUGAAAAGCAGACAAAAAUUGAAUGUUCCUUAAUGGAAAUCUGUUAAAUUAUGGUAUAUUCCUAGAAUGGGAUAUUAUCCAAUAAUUAAAAAUGAUUAUUAUAGUUUGGGUCAACAUGAAAAGAGGUAAACAAUAUUAUCAACUAAAAUAUUUCAGAAGAGUAUUUUCAGUUUUGUAAAAGUAAGAAAAUAAAGGAAAUGGUAUAUACGUAGAUGCGUUAAAACGUGUGGGAGAAAUUAAACCCAAAAUGUCGACAGUGUUUUCUCUCGGGGCAGUGGGAUUGUGAAUUUAUAGGGUAGAACUCUGGAUUUGCAAGUGCCAGAAAAUGGGACCCACAUGGAUCUAAGGAAUCCGGGAACUCUCAAGACUGAAAGUCCAAGUAAGGACUGACUCAGCUACUUGUGGUCACCAAAGAUGGGGUUUCUGGCGCAUUUUCUGCUCCCCCUUCGCCAUUGUCCACUUCAUCUUCAGUACACACACGGGAGCCCCUUCUCAUAGUCACAUGCUUCAGCAGACCUGCUCCCCCUUCAGAGGAAGGAAAAAAGGUCUCUUCCAGUUGCUCUUGCUUAAGUCCUGGGUUUUGCUCCCAGUGCUCAAAUUAGAGCCUGUGCCCAGCUCUGAAUCAUCACUGGAGCCAGGAAAAGAGGACUGUGUUCAGCCAGUCUGGGCUCUGCUCUGGAGCUGGGAUUUAGCACAGCACGCUUGGAGUGGCUGGGAAGGUAAAUACCCCAGUGGAAAAAUCAGAGUCCCAUUAGCAGAGGAGGUGAAGCGCACUCUGAGGAAGCAACCCACAGAUGUGUGCUGACAGUGGGUAAUUGCCUGUGCUGUGAAUCUUGCCCAAUAAACUUGUGUACUUUUUGUACAAGUUCUAUUUUUGUAACUUUUUCUCAUCGAUAUCUCCAUGCCUCUCCCCUCAAAAAAAAAAAAAAAAUGCACCAUAGAAAUGUUAGCCUUUGCCAAACACUGUUUUUACAUCUAAGAGUCCUGGACUGUGGAAGAAAAAGACGGGUAGAGUAGUAGACUGUAUAUGUCAAGUGCAGGUCCAGGAAA